AUGGAGGUCGGUCCGGCUCCCACCGUGCUGCGGGUAAGGCGGAAGCGCGGCGCAGAUCCUGCUGAGGCACUCGUCCUCGCGUGUAAACGGCACCGGAGCGAGGAGGGAGCGACGGCCGCGGAGUCCGGGUCCGUGGAGGAGAACAUCUUCAAGCUGGCAGCGACCGUGUGCUCCCAGGAUGAACCGGUUCAAAAGUAUGUCAGAGAAGCUAUUAAUAGAGAUAAAGCCACCAGAGCCCUGAAUCCUUCAUUGGAAAGUCAUCAGAGAAUACGUCAAGAUCUCCUAACUAUGAAGCAGGUGACCCGGCAGGAUGAUCGCUACCGCCUGGUCUCCAAACACCGGGCCCCUUGUGCAGAGGGAGAAGCACCCCUGCUGGCUAUAGACAGUGCCCACAGGACUGAGGAGGACCAUCUAGACUCUGAUAUCAAACCAAAGUCACAAAGAAGAGAUGGUGCCACAGUUACCAAUUCACCUUCUGCAGAAGAAUUCCAGUUAUUUGACAUUGUUCACGAGGCUGCUGCUGAGAAAGAGACCCCUUCUGUUCCUGCCACCUGCUCUGAGAAAUCUGACCCAGAUGUGAUACUCUGUAAUUCUGUAAAGAUGAUCCGUGAGCGGCUAGCCAUCUCCAAGGACGGAAAAGGAACGGAGCAUCGAGAGAGAGAAGAUGAUUAUGUCUAUGACAUUUACUACCUGGAGACAUCUACCCCAGGAUGGAUAGAGAGCAUCCUUUCUGUGCAACCCUACAGCCAGGAGUGGGAACUGGUAGCUGAUGACCAACAAGCCGAGGAGAUUUAUGAUGAUGACGAUGAAGAUGAGAACAGUGAGAAUCACUGGCGUAAUGAGUACCCUGAUGAGGAGGAAGGAAGCACUGACAGAGAGAGCUCUAAAGGCUCUGAUGAAGAAUAUGGCAGCCUUAGUGAUGAAGAAAGUAGCAUCAGACCAAGGACAAGGAACAAAUAUCCUUAUGAUGUGCUAAAGGAGUUCGAGUAUGACAGCUCCCAGGACUUUGAUUCUGACUAAGGAUUACACAAACUUUCACCUAUUGCCUGGGAGGGGCCCUGAGGUGGCUCUGGUCUUAGGCAUCUGCCUCUUUGCUGCUGAUCCUGCCCCAGAGUGUUAUAAUUUACCUUGAAAUGGGAAAAGGAACAAGAAGCCCUUGGGGUCUUUUUUGGUUCCAAGAUCAGAUUCUGGCCCCCAGAUAGUUUCAUCCUGCUCGAGAAGGAAAAUCAUAUGAUAAAUCAGAGCUCCUUUGCCCCUGAUAUGGGAAGAAACUCCUCUUAUGUCUUCCUUUAACAACUUUUAUCUUUUUGUUUAAUCUGAAAAUUUUUUCCCUCCAGUGUGAGGAAUUUACCUGCUGAAAUCUAUAGCAUUUCUAAGAGUCAGUCUUGGUAAGAAAAAUUAACUUUUUGAUACCAGUGAAUAAAGAAACAAUAUCACUACUAUGCUUCCCAUGAAAAGUUUGAUCUUCCCCAACCUCUGACCUGCUGCUGGAAGUGGAUCUGGACUCUUGCUACCAAGGGAGGCAUUUCUUUGUGAGCCUUUGCCAUUAGAGGCAAAAACACUGAAAAGCUGCACUAAUAGGGCAUACUUUGCCAGCACCAGAAGACUAUCUGCAUGUAUGUUCACUAAGGUAGUAGUUGACUGUAAAAAUCUGCAUGUUCAAAAAAAGAGAGAGAGAGAGAAUCUGGGUUGGUAUUUAUUCCCUGUUUCCCUUCUGUGGCCUUAUUUUGAUUCUGUUUGUAGAGUUGGGGGUCCUUUGACAGAAAUGCCAGGGAGCUGUGUAUGUGCAUAUACGUGUGUGUGUGAGUAUAUGUGUGAAUUUGCUGCACUGAUUGUAUUAAAAAUUAUUUUGGAACAUGGAAAA